AGUGACGUGUUGCUCUGUUGCGGGUUGUUUUGCUGUGGGAGUGACGCUGUUGGGAGAUGAGGGAGGGAGUGAGGGGGAAGCGAGGGCCCGCAAAGCGACUGCUGUUCACUGCAACUGUCACUGAAUGCCUGCUCCAGACCGUCGAAGCAGUUGCAAUAAUCACAGCAUGAGCCGCCGUCACAGGCGCAGGAGUGGAGGAAUCUGACUUGUUCCUGGUCUGUUCCCAGCCUCUGGAGUCCUGUCACUGGCCGGGCCUAGGGAAUGUGUCGCACAACCUAAAGCCUGAAUCGCGGAAAAAUAUCGCCUUCUAUUUCUUGAUGGGUCAAGAGUCUGGAAAAGCAGCCUGGCCCAGACCAGCAGGAGGUUAUCAGACAAUCACCGGAAGAAGAUAUGGGAGAAGGCAUGCUUAUGUUAGCUUUCGUCCCUCUAUUGCCAAGCCAUGGAAUCAGUUAAAAGAAAAUGAACCCCAAUGGGAAGGAAUGGAGCUAAACACUGUUUCAAAAGAUAAUGGUUUAUCACCCAGUAGAAUCUUAUCAACAAAUGAACUUCUGCCGCAGUGCACGACGUAUGACCUAACUAUGGAUGCUAAGAGAGAUGCAGGUUGUGAACCUCAGAAAGAGAAUAGAUUUUUGCCAUCCCCUCUGAACCGAAGACUUUUUCAAUGCGAGUCCAAUGACUUUGCUUUACCCAGUGCUACAGAGCCAUUAGGCAGUUAUUCAGGUAGCCAAAGUACAGAGUCCUCCAAGUGGUCAAUUCCUAAUGAUUUUUUUGAGACUGAUUCCAGAAGUCCGUCUGGCAUUGGUUUUGUAAAUAUUGAUUCUUAUGAACCAGAAAGCAGCGAAGGAGAGGAUGAAGACUCAACUAUUCAAUCAUCCUUGGAAAAAGAAGGAAAACUUCAGAAAAGGUUGGACACCAUGCUUUCAGAAUUAGAGAAAGGUGUUGACUAUCUUAAUGGGCUACAGUCAUAUCUCUCAGCUGUAAUCCAUGAUGGUAACAGCCCACAAAUUGAGCUGCCAUGCUCUGUAGCAUUGGACAAUUUGUCUAAUGCAGACAUUGGUGUUAAAGGACAUCAAACUGAAUUAAAAGAACAUAGGAAAACCUUACCAACAGUGGGAAAUGCGGAAGAAAUUAAUGGCUAUGUCAGGAUGGAGGAUAUAAAAGAAAAAAGAGAAAGAAAUCUUGAUAAGGCCUCACUGAGCGUUCAAACAGAAGGAAACAUUUUCUGUUGUAUGUCAGAGCAACCAAGUUCCUCAGAAAUGGUAGUAAGACCAAAAGUUAGAAAGGAAAGAGAUGCUAAAAGAGAUUUGCACUCCCCUGAUGAGUUUUAUAGUUAUUGUACCAGGGAAAUGAAGACUAAUGUUGAGUGUUGUGGAUCAAAUUGUGCCUUGUGGAACUGCAGGAGUAAACUCCAUAGAGAUUCAAAGAUUGGAUCUGGACUUAAUGGCAAGGAAACUACUGGUAUUCAGAAGGAACAGGCCACCAUCCAACUACAAGAAAAGCCUGAAGAUGUCACAACAGAAAACAGUUUCUGGGAUGAUUUUGAAAAUGAUUGUAACAAAGGUGAAGAAAGCAGUUCCCUAAGCAGUGAUGAGGAGUGGUCAGCAAUAUGGACCUCUGAUUUCGUUUUAGAACAGAUGCACUCUAGUGAUGAGAGCUGGGAGACCUUGUCAGGAGUUGAAGAACAACAAACUGAACCAAACAGCAUUAGUAGCAGCCUGGAUGAAGAAGCUUUUAAACAUUGCUUCACUGUAGGGUAUGAGUCUACCUUAAGGGAACAAACCUCUUUGGAAGAAGGAGAAAUCCCCUGGGUAGCAUUCAAUGAAGAAAGUGACAGCAGCAGCAGUAGUACUGAUGAGACUGAAGGGUUGGGUCAACUUGCACAUUCAGGACUUCUAAUUCUGGAUGGUAACAACAACUUUGAAGAUGAUUCGAGCAUAAGUGAAGACUUGGACAUGGAAUGGAGAUUGUUAGAUGAACUUGGUGAAGGACUUACAGCUCAAGCUAUUUCAUCUGUUGAUCCACAGCUUCUUACCUUUAUGGCUCUGGAAGAACGAUUGGCUCAAGCAAUGGAGGCUGCUUUGGCACACCUUGAGUCCCUGGCUAUAGAUGGGGAGCAAGCUCCUCCUCCGGCUCCCAAGGAAACAAUUGAAUGUUUACCGCAAGUUGCAAUCUCUGAGGAGCAGAAUGGUUUGGAGCAAUCCUGUGCCAUCUGUUGCAGUGAAUAUGUGAAGGAAGAGUUAGUGACAGAGUUACCAUGCCAUCAUUUAUUUCAUAGGCCAUGUGUGACCCUCUGGCUACAGAAGUCUGGGACAUGUCCUGUAUGUCGUCACAUUCUUACAUCAACACUUCCAGAAGCUGCCACUACUGCAUUUUUAUCAGAACCAGAGACCACUCCUUCUACCCGUGAUGGUCCUGCAAUACGCUGAAGCCAAAGUUUUCCCAAUGAAUGUGAAAGGGAACUGCACUAUUUAAAUAGGAGCAGAAAGUAUGAAAAAUAUGUUGCGAUUUUACUUGUAGGCUUAUUUUGUUAAAGGCUGACAAAACUGUCUUACUACUGGUGAGGUGUUUAAUUCUGCAUUAUAAUUAUAUGUAAAAAAAACCCUUCAUUAAUGGUUGUAUUUUUGUGACAGAAAAUUAGAUCUUUUGUUGCUGUUAAUAUUUGGUGGGGGCUUAUGAUGUGUUUGAUUUGUUUCUCUGUUUAAAUGAAAUUCUAAAUAUGCUUUUUGGUUCAAAAAAUCAUGUAUUUUGAUGCUGAUAUCUAUUUGCACAGAGAGCUUAGGGCACAAAUGUAUUAAGUUUUAUUUUGGAAGUUAAUUCUAAAGUUUUUUGUUUUGUCUAAUGCAGUAACACACUGACUUUACAUAGGGUGAUGGAGCGUGAGGAAGUUGUCUUAAUUCCAUGGGAUAAAAAACUUUAGUUUCUUUCAAUGUGACCCGAACAGUGACCAUAAACGAAGACAUCAUCUGAUAUCACAACAGUAUUGAGAUUUGUUUCACCUCCAAUAAACUGCAUUAUUAAAAUUGAAA